AUGGAUGCGGCAAUGGAGGACUUCGUGAUGGUGAGCCACGACGAGGCUGGCCUAUGCAUUUACGGCGGCCCGGACUACCUCAGCGACAUCGGCGACUACAUCGACAGCGUCGCAGAAGCACUAUGGCCAGUCAACAAGAAGAUCCACGAUAAUCCGGAGCUAGGAUAUGAAGAAUAUAUUGCUCAUGAAGCUUUGACGACCUUCAUGAGGAGCCAGCAGGGAUGGGAAGUCACGCCUUCAGCAUAUGGCAUCAAAACCGCCUGGAUUGCUGUCUAUGACACUGGGAAGAAGGGUCCGGUAGUUUCCUUUAAUGCCGAGAUGGACGCUCUCACUGGCAUUGGUCAUGCUUGUGGCCACAAUCUCAUAGCUAUGGCCUCUGUGGCUGGCGCGUUGGCGACGGCUGAUACAAUGAAGGCUCGUAGCAUACCCGGCAAAGUAGUCCUAUAUGGCACGCCCGCGGAGGAAGGAGGCGGCGGCAAGAUUGCGCUCCUGAAAGCCGGCGCAUACCGAGACCACAAGGUCGACAUCAAUCUCAUCUCGCACCCGGGUAUUGUUCAAGACAACGCGUUGGUGCAUAGUACAGCAUAUGAGCGCUUUAAGGUGGAGUACUAUGGGCGGGAGGCGCACGCGGCAGCGAGCCCGUGGUUAGGUAUAAACGCGCUGGAUGCGCUCAUCACAGCCUACAAUGCGCUGUCAGUUCUGCGGCAGCAGACGAUGCCGGGCGACAUCAUCCAAGGCUACAUCACGGAUGGCGGCGUAGCACCGAACAUUAUCCAUGCCUACACGGCGGGAAUAUUCGUGACGCGUGCGAGCACGCAGGCUCGCCUCGUAGAGCUGCAGGCCAAGGUGACUGCUUGCUUUGAGGCCGGGGCCGGAGCCACAGGCGCGAAGCUCAAGAUCACGCCCCUCCAGGCGUACGCAGACCACGUACCGAAUCGGGUGCUUGCCGCAAGCUACGCACGCUACUUCAAUGCGCUCGGCCCAGAGAGGAAGAUACCUCUAGACCAAGACGUGGACGAGAUUCAAGGUGUGACGCAAGCAAGUACAGACCAGGGAGAUAUCAGCUACGCGAUGCCCAGUCUGAGCCCUGGAUUCCAAAUUUUGCCAGGUCCCGAGAACGCCGGUCCUCACAACCCCGACUUUGCGACAGCUGCUGGAACAAAGGACGCUUUCGAAAGGUCACUAAGGGUAGGGAAAGCAUUGGCAGCAACAGCAGUCGAUGUUUUGACUCAAGAUGGGCUCCUAGAUGAGGUCAAAGCACAGUGGAGGAAAGAUAUGGAGGGAAAUGCUUGCGGGAGCAGAGGUUAA